AUGUCACUCAAGGUCCCAAAGGCCGGCGGGCCAGACCUCUUCAAGGCUGGGUACAAGCACCUCUCAGGCCUCGAGGAGGCGGUCCUCCGUAACAUCCAGGCAGUCGGCGAGCUGAGCGAGAUUGUGCGCACCUCGUUCGGUCCAUAUGGCCGCAACAAGCUCAUCAUCAACCAUCUCGGGCGGCUGUUUGUGACGAAUGACGCGGCCACGAUCAUCCGCGAGAUCGAGGUGGCGCACCCCGCUGCCAAGCUGCUCGUCAUGGCGUCGCACUCGCAGGAGAGCGAGAUGGGCGACGCGACUAACCUCGUCUUGAUCCUUGCCGGCGAGCUACUCAAGCGCUCCGAGCACCUGCUCACCAUGGGCCUGCACCCCUCCGAGGUUAUCCAGGGGUACGAGAUGGCGCUGGCAAAGGGGCGCGAGGAGCUCGAGACACUUGUCUGCAAGACUGUUGCGUCCACGCCGCUCCCAUCCAAGGCCGAGCUUGCUGCCGCGAUUGCACCGUCUCUCGCGUCCAAGCAGCCCGGGCAGGAGCACUUCCUCGCCGACCUCGUGGCCGACGCGUCGCUCACCGUUAUGCCGAAGAACCCGAAGGACUUCAACGUUGACAGCGUGCGUGUGGUCAAGAUUCUAGGCGGCGGCAUCGACGCCUCGCGCGUUGUUCGCGGAAUGGUCUUCCCUCGUGAGCCCGAAGGUAUCGUCAAGAGCGCCAAGAAGGCCAAGGUCGCUGUGUUUACGACCGCGCUCGACAUUGCGCAGACUGAGACCAAGGGCACCGUGCUGCUCAAGAAGGCGGAGGAGCUGCUCGAGUUCUCACGGGGCGAGGAGCGCCAGCUCGAGGGGUAUCUGAAGGAGGUAGCGGACAGCGGCGUCAAGCUCAUCAUUGCGGGCAGUGGCGUCGGCGACCUCGCACUGCACUACCUCAACCGCCUCGGCAUUGCCGUGGUCAAGGUGCUGUCCAAGUUUGACUUGCGGCGUCUCUCGCGUGUGGUUGGCGCGACGCCGCUUGCUCGUCUCGGCGCACCUACGCCGGAGGAGAUGGGCUAUGUGGACGUGUUCGAGACGAUCGAGAUUGGCGGCGACCGGGUCACCGUCUUCCGGCAGGAGGAGACUGGCAAGACGCGUACGGCAACAGUUGUCCUGCGCGGUGCGACGAUCAACCACCUCGACGACCUGGAGCGCAGCAUCGACGACGGCGUCAACAACGUCCGUAUCCUGCUGCGCGACGGUCGCCUUGUGCCAGGUGCGGGCGCUAGCGAAAUCGAGCUCGCUGUCCGCGUCGGCAAGUACGGCGACGUGACCCCGGGUCUGGCACAGCACGCAAUCAAGCGCUGGGCCGCGGCACUCGAGGUCGUGCCGCGCACCCUGGCUGAGAACGCCGGUCUGCCGGCAGAGGACGUCGUGGCUGAACUGUACGCAGCUCACGUCGACAACCAGACGGAUGCUGGUGUUGACAUUGACGCCGAGCGCCCGCCUGCGAUCCGCCGUACCGAGGACCCCAAGUCGCCUGUGCUUGACGCCUACGCCGCCAAGGACUGGGCCAUCAAGCUCGCGACCGAGGCGGCGAUCUCGGUGCUGCGCGUUGACUCGAUCAUUGUCGCCAAGCAGGCGGGCAUUGCUCCACCGAAGCAGCAGGGGCACUGGGACGACGACUAG